GGGCUCAGGGCGGGGGGCUCAGGGCACGGCAGCAGCACCGUGAGCCGCAGGGGAUGCGGCGGGAGCCGGGCCGCGAGUGACGGCAGCCGGGGGCGGUGGAGGGCCGCAGCGCCAUGUCCCUGGGCAGUGAGAGCGGCCCCGGCAUCGUGCACAGCCUGCUGUGCCACCGGCAGGGAGGGGACAGCGAGGCCUUCGCCCGCCGCGCCAUCCAGAGCCUGCUGAGGAAGCUGAAGGAGAAGAGGGACGAGCUGGACGCGCUGGUGGCCGCUGUCACCUCCGGAGGGGCGCAGCCCGGACAGUGUGUCACCGUGCAGCGCACCCUGGACGGGCGGCUCCAGGUGGCCGGCAGGAAGGGGUUCCCGCACGUCAUCUACGCGCGGCUCUGGCGCUGGCCCGACCUGCACAAGAACGAGCUGAAACCCGCCGCCUUCUGCCAGUUCGCCUUCGACCUCAAGUGCGACAGCGUCUGUGUCAACCCCUACCACUACGAGCGCGUGGGGACCCCCGACAGCGGUCUGAGCAUCCCGAGCACAGCGCCCCCCCCGCGCCCGGUGAAGGAGGAGUUUGUCCAUGACUGUGUGCAGAUGGAGCCGCCGGCCCGUCGGGAGCCGGGGCCCGAGCCCCCCGCCCGGCCCCACCCAGCGCUGCCCCCCCGGCGGCCCCCUGAGCCCCCCGGCGUGCCCCGGCCCUACCCUGCGCUCCCCAUGGCGCCCCGAGCGACCCCCCAGGACCCCCUGCUUCCCCCGGCCCACCCCGAGGGCCCCCCGCAGAACGGGUACCCCAAACCGCCCCACCACAGUUCACCGCUGAGCUGGAGCAGUGCCACCAUCUACACCCCGAGUUUGGGGGGGUCGCAGCCCCCCCCCCCACAACAUCCCAGCAGCCAGAGCCACCCCCAGCCCCCCCAGCACCACCCAACCACUGCUGUAGGUUUGGGGCGCACUGAGCGAGGGCUGAGGGGGGUCUUCAGGGUGCUGACCCCCUCUCUGCCCCUCCCAGGGCCCCCCGUGCUCCAGCCCCCCGUGUCCACCCACCCCGGCCCGGAAUUCUGGUGCUCCAUCGCCUACUUCGAGCAGGACGUGCAGGUGGGGGAGAUCUUCAAGGUGCCCUCCAGCUGCCCCACCGUGGUGGUGGACGGCUACGUGGACCCCUCGGGGGGCGCCCGCUUCUGCCUGGGGCAGCUCUCCAACGUGCAGCGCUGCGCGGCCAGCGAGAGGGCACGGCUGCACAUCGGCAAGGGCGUGCAGCUGGAGCGGCGAGGAGAGGGGGACGUGUGGAUGCGCUGCCGCAGCGACCACGCCGUGUUCGUGCAGAGCUUCUACCUGGACAGGGAGGCGGGCAGAGCCCCCGGGGACGCCGUGCACAAGGUGUACCCCGGGGCACACAUCAAGGUGUUUGACCUGCGGCAGUGCCACCGGCAGAUGCAGCAGCAGGCGGCCACUGCCCAGGCUGCGGCCACUGCCCAGGCGGCCGCGGUGGCCGGCAGCAUCCCCGGGCCGGGCUCGGUGGGCGGCAUCGCCCCCGCCAUCGGGCUGUCGGUGGCCGCGGGGCUCGGCGUGGACGACCUGCGGCGCCUGUGCCUCGUUCGGCUGAGCUUCGUCAAGGGCUGGGGGCCCGACUACCCCCGCGCCAGCAUCACCUGCACGCCCUGCUGGAUCGAGGUGCACCUGCACCGUGCCCUGCAGCUGCUGGACCACGUCCUGCACGCCCUGCCCGACGCCCACGCCUGACUCCUGGGAGGAGCAGCCAAAAAAACAAACCAAAAAAAAGAGGGAAAAAAAGGCAAAAAAAAAAAAAGCAGCAAAAUGACCAAAAUGUGUUGGUUUAACGGUUAUUUAAUGGGUGGAUGUUUGUGGCCUGGGUGUGGUGCAGCCCUCAACGCUGAUUUUCACCUCCUGCUUUAACUUUUGUAUGAAAAUAAACCAAAAAAAAAAAAUUUAAAAGCUGAAA